UCUCUGCAACACCACUAACAACCCAAGAAACUCAACCGUCCUCGAAAUUUGCAUCAACAUUUGAAUUUCAAAUGACGCAAUUUUAAAAGAAAAAACCCUUAAAAUCUGUCCUUACAUUUUCCCCUUAAAUUUAAAAAAAAAAAAAAAAAAAAACCUCCUUCUCCUCCUCCAUAAAAACCCUUCUCUCUCACAUUUUACUGCGUCUGCAUUUACAAAUUAUUCGCAUUUUAUCUUCUCUCAUUUUCAGCCGUUCAAAAACCCUAGAAUUUCACAAAACCUCAGAAUCUCAAUAUUCACUUCUCCACUAACACUGAAUAUGGCCAAAAAGAAGCAAAAAUCAUCCGACCCACCAAAACAAAACCCAGAAAACCCCACAAAUAUGGAGGAAGAACAACUCAACAACACUCAACCUCCUCCUCCAAUGGCGGAACAACAACAACAACAAGAUUCACUUGAUACUGAUAAAGAAACGGUCACACAGUUAAAGAACCUUAACAUAAGGCUUGUCCAAAAAACCGUUCAGAAGCGUGCAGAGAUUAGCGCGUUGAUGGAAAUCAAGAAAUCAAUGGAGUCCGAGUUGAACGAGCUGCGUUCCGAGUUGACCCAGUUCAAGGAAGACGCUGAGGUGGCGAAGGAGGGUUUAAGGAGAGAGAAAGAAGAAGCUGAGAAGAAGUUGGAGGAAAUGGAGAAAGAAAUGAGGGAAGUUGUGAAGGAGAGAGAUGAGAUGGAGAAAGCAAAGAUUGAUGGUGAUUUUGAGAUUGGAACGAUGAAGAAAAUGGAGAAAGAACUAAGGGGUGAGAUUAAGAAAGAGAAAGAUAUGGUUAAAGAAGUGGUUUUACAGAGGAACCAGUUGAAGAAUGAGUUGGAGGUUUUCGAUGAGGAGGUUAACAAGUUAAGGAAGAAACUCAGGGAAGCCGAAUUGAAGGCGAUAAAUGCGGAAGAUGAAUUGGAGGAAUUGAAGUCGAUGUAUAAAGAUUCUGUUGAUUCAUUGAAAGAAAAGGAGGAGGAAGUUGGAUUGUUGAAGAAUGAAUUGAGUGUAAUGGGGAAGAAGUGUGAGGGAUUGAAUGGUGAAAAGAAGGCGGUUUCGAAGUCGAAUGAGGAAUUGCUUAGGGAGGUGAAUAAGAAGAAUGGGAAGAUUGUUGAGUUAGAGAAGGACUUGAGUGAAUUGAAUCGUGUUCAUUUGAGGGUUAGUGGUGAAUUAGAGAAAUUGAGGGGACAUUAUUUUGAAAAGGAUAGGAGUAGUGCUGAAGCACUUGAGAAAUUGAGUGUGUUAAAUGAUGAAAUGAGUUGUUUAAUGGAGGAGAAGAAUGAGAAGGAGAAAGAGAUUAAGAGGUUGAUGGCUGAUCAAUCGAUUAUGUUAGCGAGUUUUGAUGAGAUAAAGGAUGAAUUGAAGAGUGUAGGACAAGAUCAUGAAGAUGCUCUUGUACAGAAUGAUAGAUUGGAGGAGGUGAAAUUGAGACAACAGGAAGAAAUUUCGAUGUUGCGGAAGCGAUUGACUGAAGUUGGAGGAAAAGCUUCAUCUAUGGAGAAAUCAAACAAGGGUUAUGUUGAACAAAUGAAGAAAUUAGUCUCUGAAAUUGAUGAUCACAAGAAAGCAUUGGAGAAAGUUACUACUGAAAGAGAUGAAUUUAAGAAGAGUUUGGAUGAAGAGAAGAAGCAUUGGGAGAUGUUACAAGCGAAGGUAUCGAAAAUCUCCAAGGAAAUGGAGGAAGCAACUAAAGCAAGUAAAGACUUCAAUGGGAUUCAGAACAAGUACAACAAACUGGUGCAAGAGAAAGAAUUGGUUGAGAAAGAUCUUGUGGCUGCUAAGGGGAAAAUCGACGAGCUAGAGAUGAGUAGCAAGGCAAAAACAGAGAUGUUUGAGAUGGCUCUUUCUAUGUUACGAAACUCGAUCCUGCAACCGUUGAUGGAGAACGAGAAAUCGAGUGGAGAUGAAGGGAUUAUGAAGGCGAAUGAGCAUGGAGAAAUGGGACCGAUAUUGGCUGAGUUGGAAUCAAUGAGGGUGGUGUUUAGGAAGAAGGAAGAGAAGGUAGGGGAGAUGCAACAAGAGAUGGCGAAUUUGCAAUGUAGUUUGAUGGAUGUUAAGAAGAAGAAAAGUUUCUGGACUAUAGUUUCUUCUGCAACAACAAUUUUAGCUGCUGUUGUUUCUUAUGCUUAUGCAUCUAGAGUUCGUUGAUGGGUGCAAAAUAGAGAAAAACAAUGACAAAGUUAGUUGAUAGUUAAAAACUAGGUUGUCUGUCUUUCAUACUCGGAAGAUUAGGUUGGGUUUAAUUUUGUUUUUACAGUUUCUAAGUUUUUGGUGAAAAAAGUGAACUUGCAAUGAAAUAAUACUUGUUAGUUGUUACAAGAA